AUGUUUUCGCACAUUGUUCGAAUGCAGACCAGCGUUGUCAGACGAUCUUUCGGAUACAGUGCUGCUAGAUUCGCAGCUGUCCCAAAAGUCGACGACGAGGAAAGACAACCAUCAGAAAAAGUAAUUGGGCUCGUUGAUGCUAUUGCCGGCCUGACUCUCCAAGAAGUCGCAGAUCUCAACACAGCACUUAAAGAGCGCCUCAACAUCUCCGAAGUGUCUUAUGCUGCCCCAGCAGCGGCCGCGGCCCCAGUUGCCGCCGCUGCUCCUCAGGAAGAAGCCGCCGAAGAGUCAAAGGAAGAAGCUAAGAAGAUUCAAACCGAGUUCACAGUCACAAUGACGGGCUUCGAUGCCAAGAAUAAGAUUAAAGUUAUCAAAGCUAUUAAAGCUAAUAUGCCUGACAUGAAUCUGGUCUCUGCGAAGAAGUUUGUCGAAGAUCUGCCAAAGGUUCUGAGACAAGACGUGGCCAAGGAAGAAGCCGAAAAAAUUAUGGAAGUGUUCAAGGCGGAAGGCGCCACUGUUGAGAUGAAGUAA